AUGAGAGGCUCUGCGGUCAUCUUCCGGUGCCCUGUGCAGUUAAGAGGACCCUUGUCCAUGCUUGGCCUAGGGCCUGGCAUGAGGCUACUGCUCAAGAAGGGUUCGCUGCCCUUAAAAUUUACAAACCUGCGCUUCUGCCUGCCCGUGCCCCUCUCUAGUGAGAAACAUGACCAUGAGGAAGCUCUGCAGAGGACUUUCAAAUUCCAUGGGCUGACAGCAGCCAGGCCUCCCAGCAUGGAUGAGCCCCGGGGCCUCACAGAAGACUGGGAGGGAACCGGGCUUUUCAGGGCUCUAAGGCCCCCGAGUGUGGUGGGUGCCCCGGACAAGGACAGGGAAGGGACGUGUGGGGAUCUGGCCCUCUCCCGCUUGCAGGUGUGGCUGGCGUACGCGUUGGGAGCGCCUGCUUGCCCCUCCUCCGGGGGGGAAGGACUGGCCGUCGUCCCUGCCCCGGGGCUGCGGGUGCGCCGAGCCCUCGGGAGGCCUGGCUCUGGUGUGGGCUGCGGGGAGAAGGCGCGGGAAGGAAGGAAGGAGGCGAAGCGGUGCGGGAGGGAGGCGGCCGUUGCCAUGGAAGGAGCUGCAAGCCUCCCUGCAGACCGCGAGCGGAGCCCCCGCACCCCCGGGGCUGGCCCCUGGCCUCCCGCCCCAGCCCGGCCGGCGGCCCCUCCCUGCUCCGCUGUCCGCCUUGGGUACAGAAGCGGCGAGUGGCCCCUUUCCAGGAGGCCUGUUUACCAGCACGACAACAGCAAAUUAGUGCGCUUAAGAGGCAUUCAGCGUUUAUCCCGGCAAACAUGCGCAGCGUGAAGGGGGCCUGCGAGGCCUGCUCCCCGGAAUCUGCUGAAAUGGGGUCUGCUGUGCAUCUUAAUCGACUUCCUUCCACCCAUCACAUUAAACGCAUUUAAUCUACUCUUGCAAAUGGCUAAUUUUGAAAAUCCGCUUAUCAGAAUUAGGUCCUCAACAUCCAUAUUUAUUUACUUUUCAUUUUCAUAAUUUUUUUUUUUUCCCUUGUGUGGGACUGAAUUCCAUUUACUAUUGUCUGGCUCGCUCUCACACGUCCCGGGGGGCCGGGGCAGGGGACAAGGGCCAGGUUAGGAGCAAACUGGAAAUGGAAACCUGGCAGGGAUGAAAGGCAUGGGCUCGGGAUUUGAGGAUUGGGAGGCUCUUCCCGGGUGGCAGCAUCUUCAGGAAAUCACCAAGAGCUGAGGCUUGAGCAGAGCAGGUUUAAAAAGGCGAUGAGGAAGUCUUGCUGAAUCCCAGGCGCCAGGGGCCUGCCUGGCAGGAAUCAGCAGCCGUGUCAGAAAUGUGCAAGAAAGUGGUUGGGAUCAACUGUCUUCCCCAGCGCCCCCGGUGCCAGGCUCCGUGCUAAGCGCUUCACGUGGACCAGCACUCAUGCUCACGCCAGCCCUGCUCAGUGAAUGCCAGGCGCGUCUCGCAGACAAGAAGACUCCUGCUGUGGCUUAGGCCCACAUUUACAUCCAGACUGCACGUCCUCCUCUGCAGCGUGUUGUCAGGUGUGCAAGGCACGUUUUUCCUAUGAGUGUGUAAGAAACACAAGUUUGUGUGUGCAGGACUCAGGCCUGUGAGAAACGCAGACUCAAGGGAGAGAUGGGUGUUCAGAAUCUGGAAGAUGGCUCUCCAGGUCACAACCUGUGCAGCCUCAAGCGUGGAUUCCGCAUGUGGCUUUCCUCACCACGUUUGGGCUCUGCAAGUUUGCUAAGAGUCGCUACAGAGUUAGGAAGAGCCGCCAGGCCUCUUGGCCUCUAAAGGACUUAGCACUCAAUGUUAAUUUUGUUGUUGCCAGUCCCCUGAUGAGCUGAUUUGGCACACAUCUAGAGCAAAAACCUGAAUUUCACUUCGUUUAAUUUACUUUCAACAUUGGCUGGGCACCUCCUAUUGGCCAAGUGAUGUUCUGCAGAAUACCUGGGUGGAAGGAUAAAUUCGAUCUGUUUUGAGCCUCGGGAAGCUCACAUUUACUGGAUUUUACAAGAAAGGCUCAGAACAACAAAGUGUUAACAGAUGCAUACCAGACAAUUUUAUUCUCCCAAAGAACUGCUAAGUUAUGUUGUAGCCAUCUUAGAUUUCCAGAUUUAAUAGGAAUUCUAAAGCAUAAGGCAUUAAUUACAUCUAGGUGGUUGAGAUUAGGACUAAUUGUCUGCAGACUUGAACUCAAACCUGCAGUUCUGCCGCCUUCACUGUACGACCUUGGGCACAUUGGACCCUCAAUAUCCUCAUCUGUGUAAUGGGGGUUAUAUAAAUAUCUACCCAUAGGGCUCCGAAGAUCUAAAUUAAUGCUGUAGGUGGAGCUUUUAGUGAGGUAUCUGACAAAGGCCUACACCUAACAACUAAAUAGUAAGCAUUAUGAUACAUAAUCAUUUACUGAAUCAAACUCAGCAAAUAGAAUUCAAAGACAGAAAUAAACAUUGAUCAAGUGUUUUCCAUUGUUCCGAGC